ACUACACUUCAGAAUAAACUCUAAAGAGGUUAUAAAAAGAGUUCAGAUACCCACAAAUAACAUGUAGCCGAAAAAAAUAUUAAAAUUAGAACUGUCAACGGUAACCAAAUAAAGAGAAAAAUGGAAAGCCAUUUGACAAAGUUCACAAACUGAAAUUUGUUGUUAAAUAUGUCACAUUCGAGGAAUGCACACAAAUUAUCUGAUAAAAGUAGAACAGACAUUCCGGCAACCGAUAGAAAUGAGGACGAAGGGGAAGUUAUAAGUUGUAACGCCACCGAGAGCUGCACUUACGCUGUGACUGUUUCGAAGAAACCCUCCCCCUCAAGCGAGGAAGGUGCCUUGUGUUCUGGUCAAAAGUCGUUCAUAAGUAUACACUCAACUGACCAGUUGUGUCAAGUGGCCUACGUAGAUAACCCAACGAACCUCGAAGAGUGCAACUUGGAAGUUCUGAGCCUCAACGAAGUGUUCCCUUCGACGUCAGAAGAGAGCCUCUCGAACGAAGAUGAUUCACCUGUUCAAAGAAAGCAAAAAAACUCUAACAAAAAUAAGGCAACAAUACAAAAGUGUCAAUCGGAUAACGCAGAGAAGUCGUCUUACAUGCCGACAAACAGUAAGUCUUCGACAGGGUCGCGUCAGAAGGAGCCCGUCGAAGGACAAGCUUCGGUGUAUUCUGACUUCGACAUACCUAAAAAUACAUUGUACGUGGUCGGAAGUAAUCCUGGGGAGCCAAAGAUGUCGUAUCCUGAUCCACCAAAGAAAAUAUCUAAGACGAUGAAAAAGUUUCUGCGCAACAUAGACAAGCACAAGAACGAGCAGAAUAACAAGAGCAGCGAGAAGGCAAUAAGCAAGCUGACGACGAUGCGGGGGAUCCUCAAGGACGGGCGCUGCGGACCCGAGUGCACCGGAGACUCCUCCGUGCAGGGCACCGAGGAAUACAAUACUGGUAAAGCUAACUACGGCUACGUAAAAGAUAUAGAACAUCUUACACUACCAUUCGCAAUGGAUUUUGGAGCACACACAUACAGUAAGCAGAGUCCAGACAAAAACGUGACAUUUAAUACGCAAGUGGUGAUCAUUCACUUCACGGGCGACCUGUGCGUGGGACAAAGCGUCGAGACUCUGAGCAAGGAGAAGGACCAACAAGCGAGAAAUUCUGAACUAAGGAAAACUUUCCUCACAAAAUACAACGAAUUUUGGCCCACACAGAAAUAAUUUUAAGUCUAGAUUGUAAUUUCAAAGUUUGUCUUUAGUGAGAUUACCUAUUUAACGCAGUGCCAAUAGGAAAGUUCGCCAAAAAACAUGGUAUAAGUUAUUUGAAACGUUUUAUAUUUAUACACAAUAUUAUUUAUUUGUAAGAUGUUAAAUUUAUUAAGUAGCGUUUUGUCCCACGUUUAUUUAUUUGAAAUCUGAUUGAUUCGUAUGCUUACUUUGUAGCGCUGAAUUGUGUUUUAUUCGGGAAACCAAAUUGAAAUAAAGG